GUAAAACAGGCCAGACUAGGGGAAGUAGAAGGACCGGUGUUCUGCAAAACGCUGAAUACACAGAACGGAACAUCAGAAUGGACCAGUCGGCUUUGAGUGGAAGUUUCGAGGUAGACAGCAAUGCUACGGUGUUACUCAUGGGUCUCAGACGGUCUGGGAAAUCGUCAAUAUGCAAGGUGGUAUUCCACAACACCCAGCCGUUGGAUACGUUGUACCUCGAGAGUACGACCAAGCCGACAACAGAAAACUUUAAGUCGUUGAUCGACUUGGCGGUGAUUGAGCUUCCCGGGCAGUUGAACCUGUUUGAACCGGCGUUGUACGAUUACGAGAAGUUGUUCACGUCGAUCGGAGCGUUGGUGUAUGUUAUCGACUCACAGGACGAGUAUCUCAGUGCGUUGCAGAAUUUGGCUGUGAUCAUCAAAUAUGCCGUGAGUGUGAACCCUAAGAUUCACAUUGAGGUGUUGAUUCACAAGAUCGACGGGUUAUCCGAAGACUUCAGGCUCGACACUCAGCGAGAUAUAAUGCAAAGGGUUGGCGACGAUUUGCUAGAUUAUGGGUUGGAGGGCGUCCAGAUCUCGUUCUACUUGACGUCGAUUUUUGACCAUUCAAUUUACGAGGCGUUUUCGAGAAUUGUCCAGAAAUUGAUAUAUGAGUUGCCGGCACUUGAAAACUUGCUUGACUUAUUGAUGCAGUACAGCAACUUUGACAAGGUAUUCUUGUUCGACAUCAACUCCAAAAUCUACGUGGCCACCGACUCUUCUCCUGUCGAUAUACAGAACUAUGAGGUUUGCGCUGAGUUCAUCGACGUGUCAAUAGAUUUGGACGGCUUGUACGAAUCAAAUAGCCAGCAGCAGCAGCAGCAGCAGCAGCAGCACGCACAGCAGCUGAAACGUAAUUCCAUAACGGAUACUUUCGAGGACAGUAUGAAUCAAAGCCAGUAUCAAACAAGCGUCUCUGAAGAUCUCGACGCUUUGGCAAAUACUAAACCUACAAAAUGCAUUUCCAGGCUCGAGAACGGUACCAUGCUCUACUUGCACCAGAUGAUACGAGGAUUGGCUCUAGUUGCCGUUAGUCGCUUGGAAGACAGCGAUGAGACAACCGCACUGUCGGUUAUUGACCACAAUGUUGCUAUCUUCAAAAAAAGUUUAGAGAAAAUGUGGGAGCAUGCAAAAUUUAGAUAGUUUUUUGUUUAAACUAUUACAGCUUUCAACGUGAAUCAACUACUUUUGAGUGGUAGAUUUAACACAAUCUUUUUAGGUGAUUUCAAAACAAUAAAGCUUACUAUCUAUCCUGAAAGU